GGGCCGGGAUCGCGGUGGCGAGCGGGGCGCUCCGUGUGCUCCUCCGACGCCGCUGGCAGUGGGGCUGUCUCGAGACGGGCGGACCCACUUGGCGUCCGACACCUCCCUCGGCCGCCUGCUGCUGCACCCGUGUCCUCCUUUCCCCGGACACAGGGAUCAUUUUUCCAUCACGAGGGCGUGGGUCAGCCUCCCCUAGGACUUCAUGUCUGUAUAUUUCCCCAUUCACUGCCCUGACUAUCUGAGAUCGGCCGAGAUGACCGAGGUGAUGAUGAGCACCCCAUCCAUGGAGGAGAUUGGCCUCAAUCCCCGAAAGGACGGCCUUUCCUAUCAGAUCUUCCCCGACCCGUCAGACUUUGACCGCUGCUGCAAGCUGAAGGACCGCCUGCCCUCCAUAGUGGUGGAGCCCACAGAGGGGGAGGUGGAGAGUGGGGAGCUCCGGUGGCCACCCGAGGAGUUCUUGGUCCAGGAGGAUGAGCAGGACAACUGCGAAGACACAGCGAAGGAAAAGAAAGAGCAGUAGGGUCCCCAUGGCCUCCGCGGGUGCGGUCCUGUCUGCUGGCGGCAGCUGUCUCUGAACUGUGGUCUUCCCAUCCUGGAAGAAGAGAGCAAGUUGCGGAGGUUCUGAAAACGUCCGAGGAGGCUUCCGUUUUGCACCUGCGAAACCCCCCACUGGGUUUAUCGUCUUCUUUUCUUUUCUUGCUUUUUUGAACUGUGGCGAGCGGUGAAGCCCGCUGACAGCCUGCAACAGCUCCUGAGGAAGGAAGCUGCUCCGAGCUGGGGGUGGGGUGGGGCCCUCGAUGGUAUCUGGGCUCAGGGCAGAGGCGAGGGGGUGAGGGGGACGGGAGCCGGGGUGGGUGUGGGUGCUGAGGGCUGGGGGAGAAGAGCGAAGAGCUCCAGAAAACCAACUUGGGGCAACAGAGAAAAAGCCUAACAUUGAGCCAGUGGAGGCCCUUGCUGCGGGGGUUACAGAAUUCACUGCUCAUUUUGCUCCAGCCUCAGCACUGCCACCCUAUGCUUUGGUUCCAGGUGUGUGGGCUCUAGCAAGGAAAUGGGCCUGGGGAACAGGGGCAGCCCUGCUGGAGGGAAUACGCAAGAAAGGAACAGCACCCUCACCCCCGCUCUGCCCCAGUUGCUCACUCCUCCCCUGCCUAACCCUUGGACUUGGCUCCUGCUGCGACCAGCUUAGAGUCCUGGUCACCUGGAGAGGCUUUUCGAGGCUGCGCCUUUGAGUGAUCCUCCUUUGACUUAAGCUUUUCCGCCAGCCCUUUGCGGAGUAGCAAGAGCACUUCCUGUUCUUGGAGGCCUCUAGGCAGACACCCCCAGCAACAGGAAGGUCCCACCCUCGGAAGCCCUCCCUCUGGCCCCAGCCUUGCUCUCAAGAGUUCAGCAGAAGCAGUGGCUCAUCCAGGCCCUUGACUGGCCUUACCACCAUGCAUUCGGCAACCCCAGCUUCAGGUACCAGUCAGAGCGGUUCCCCAUCUACUGAGAAUUCCAGCCUGUUUGACCAGCUGCACCACUCACUGUUGUGUGGGUCCUUGGCCUCUGUGGCUUGUGGGAGCCAAAUGAAGAGCAGAGCUGGCUUUUUCUGUUUCUUACUGGGCAGGUCCGGAGAGCUGGUGCAGCCUGGGAGUUCCCGCCCUGGGGGUGCUCUCCUGAGACCCCAGGCUUUUGGCCAAAUUGUCUCUUGAGUUGAGUGGGAGGCACAGUGAGGGAGUGCUCCGUCCUUCCUCACCUCCCACCUGUUUCCUGCAAGGGCUUCAGGUGUGUGAGAAAGUUCGCCUUUGGACUUGGAGCAUCUCAGUUCCAAACCACGGGAAGCAACCGGCUGCAAACAAACUGUUGCACUUACCUUGGCAUUGGAGCAGGGCGAUGUGCCUGAGAGAUGAACUUGGAGCCUUCCUUGGACUAAACACACCCAACCAAGGUGUGCCCUCAGGUCUCCAGUUGGUCCAGGUGGACCCUCCUCACCCCCCAGGUUGGACUGGCUGUGUCUGGCUGCUUUUAAUACCUCAAGGUCACCGUGGCUCUGGGGGGCAUACUGGGAGUGGGGCAAGGUGUGCUGUUGCUGGGACAGUUAGUUGGUGGAGUUGGUCCUGAGAGACCGAGAGUCUCCCUCGCCCCCCUGCUUCCUCCCUCUGUCGUCCGCCUGUGUUGCACACACUGAUGGCAAUAACUUCUUCCAGCUCCUCACAGAUGUGGGAGAGACCCGCAGCCUGCAAUGCAAGGGGGCUUCUGUUGCGUGCCCCCCCUCGUCCUGUGCUGGCUGCGGAAGGUUGCUGACCUUCCGCUCAUCGCCUCACGCCAUUUCUCUUCCCUCCUUCCCUCCGCUCCCGCUGUGUGCUGGGGGUCUUGCCUUCUCAAGUCCUAUGUUUCCGUGUCCCCUUCCCGUCUGCCCCCCCACCCCCCGCCUUCUGAUCAUCUGUCCUGGUCUUGCUGUGUGGUGGGAACGUGCUUGUAAACUGCGUAACAAAUCUAUUCUGUGUCUCUGUAUGUUUAUGGGGCUGGUUUAUUGUCGUGGCUGUGUGGCUAUGUGCCGCGUGAGCAGGCCAGGGCUGGCAGCUCCAGUCGGGACCCCUGACAGCUGAGCCUGUUGGGAGGGACCCAGCUGCUCUUGGACAAGCGACUCAGCUCCUGCCUGGCCUCCUCUCUCUCUCUUUCUCUUUUUUAAGUACUUUGUGUGUAUUUCUAACUGAUCGUAUUGAAAAAAAUAAUCCUAGUAUUUCAGUAAAAAUGCCUGUUGUGAGAUGAUCCUCCUGUAACUUCUGUCUGUUCUUUUUUGAGGCUCAGGGAGAAACUAGCAUUUUUUUUUUCCAAACUACUUUUUGUCACUGUGACAGUUGUAAAUAAAGUUUGAAAAUGCUUUCCA